GUGGGGAUUGUGACGUAUGCAUGUUCUCAAUAAGGAAGUUGGAGAGCCCCGGUAGUUCCCCUUAACUUUAACACAACCAAAUGACAGUUUCUAACAAACCUGAACAUUUUGCUGUCAAACGGUUUAUAGACUAAACAUUUCCUACUUUGCGUCUCUGGGGUUGAAAUUAUAUUAAUACAUUUUUACGGGAGCAAGUUUCUCACCGGAAGCGGCGACGAACAGAGCAAAAGAGAUGAUGGACGUGACUCACCUGACGGAAGAUGAAAUGGCUGAAAUAAAGAAAGAAGCCAUAGAGAGAUUGCGGCCAUACCUGGUUGAUAAGAUCAUUGCAGAGCGGCAUUUCGAUUACUUGCGCUCGAAGAAAAUCCUGACCCGAGAGGACACAGAGGAGAUCAGCUGCAGGACCACAAGAGGAAAACGGACCAGCAAGCUCCUGGACAUCCUCGCAGAAAACCCACGAGGUUUAGACAUGCUCAUUGAGUCGAUUAAAUGGGGCCGGACGCUCAAUUUCAUCAUCGCAAAGAUUACAGACGAGGUGCAGCGUGUGAAAAAUGAACGUCUGGAAGCUCUAAAAGCAGCUGGAUCUUCGGCCAGCUCCGUCUAUACCGGCACGAAAACAGCCACAAAUGACCUCUCCAAGACGGACAUGGACUAUGACAAAUACUCCACCAUGUGUUACCACCCUGAGGGGGAAGCAAGUCCGUCCUGUUCGGUUUCCACGGGAUCCUUAAAUCUGCGCUACGGAUCCGGCCGAGGGAAUGAAGCUUUGUCGGGCUGUGGAGGUACUGCGAGUAUGAAUGUAUCCUCUACAACAUCAUCAUGCCUGCCCAAACCUGGUGACCCUGGAGCUCCGCCACUUCCAGAUGAGUCGGAUCCUGAAGUUCAAGAUAUAGACACCGGGGUCUGUGGGAGUACGGGAAGUAGCAGCGAUGUGAAUUUCCAGCCGUUACGCUCCCGUUCUCUGUCUCCACACGUGCCGUAACGUAACUUUACACCCUAGUCACCUACUGUACAUUCAAUUCAGUGUGAGAUUCUGAACAUUCGCCAAAACAAACGUUUUUUAAUGUCAUCAUUUAAAGCAUCACCAUUAUCAUGAUUAUACCAAACCUGAGUUGAAGGGUUCAUUCAGGAUUUUCAAAAUAACAUGUGUACCCUAUUAAAAAAAAAUAUUAUUCAAAAAUGAGUCCCACGCUCUCAGUGGGGCAGUAUCCUUUAAAAAGGGUCCUAUACCAUUUAGGUACAGAUAUGUAUACAUUUGGAACACACAUAUAUACCUUGUGAGGUACUAAUAUAAACUCUUUUGGUGCAAAUGUGUUUUUUAAUAAAGGGUUCCAGCUAGGGACCAUUUUUGACCAUUUUUUUCUGACAGUGUAGCAAUAAAAAUAUGGGCAUUUAUUUUUUUCUCUUAUUUGAGGACUCAAUUAUAUAAUAUUUUUGUAAUUGUAGGUCUUUAUGUACAGUAUGCAUACAGGUAUGUCUAAAGGGGUCAUUCUACAGAAAAGGUGGAAUUCGGGUGAUGGAAAUCUGCUUAAAAACUUCUUUCAACAUACCCAAAACUUCUCUAACAGCAUUCAUUAACUUGUCAAAUCUAUGAAUCCGCAAAAUGGGGAGCUUAAUCUACGUUUAACUUUUUUAAUAAAUUUUAAUAAAGAAUCCAUGACAUUGUAUCUACAAUACCUGACAAAAUGAGAAUAUAAUAAAAGAUAAUGAAUAUGAUAAAACUUACAAACUUAAA